ACAAACAUAGGUUUUCUAUCAUGUCGGAAUCCUCCUGAAUAUCUUUGCCGAAGAAGAAACAAUGUAGUUGAAAGAAAAGGGAAUCUCCACCGGUGAAGAGAUCCGGGGAUGCAUGGACACGGUUACGGGUGAUUAGUGUAAUUUUGCAGCUGCAAAAUAAAGACUGGAUAUGCGCAGAAAAACUGGAGAGAAGUGAGUUUCGGGUGUCCACAGGAUGGACACUGCGGAGGUAAUUCUCUCGGUGCUGGUGGUUGUGAUUAUUAUAGUGUCGCUGCUGUCCAACGUCCUGGUGCUGAUUUGCUUUUUGUAUAACCCGGAGAUCCGCAAGCAAGUCCCCGGUCUGUUCAACCUCAACCUCACCUUCUGCAACUUGUUGCUCACCGUCUCCAACAUGCCGCUCACUUUGGUAGGACUUGUCAGUAAAGCUCAACCGGGGGGAGAUGGCUUCUGCCAGAUCGUGGGCUUCUUGGAGACUUUCCUGUCCACGAACUCGAUGCUGAGCAUGGCAGCUCUGAGCAUCGACAGGUGGAUCGCGGUGGUGUUCCCCCUGAGGUACCACUCCAAAAUGCGCCACAAAGACGCGGCUUUUGUGCUCGCGUACACGUGGGCGCACUCCAUGUCCUUCUCCACGGUGGCCGCCUGUCUCUCCUGGGUUGGAUACCACCGGCUUUACGCAUCCUGCACCCUGUCCAACCCCAGAGCGAGCAAUCGGACACAGUUUGUCGUCUUCACCAUCUUUUUCCACUCUUUCACCUUUCUUCUAUCUUUCAUAGUAUUAUGUGUCACAUACCUCAAAGUACUUAAAGUAGCAAGGUUUCACUGUAAGAGGAUCGACGUUAUUACAAUGCAAACUUUGGUGCUUCUAGUGGAUAUACACCCCAGUGUCCGUCAGCGUUGUCUGGAGGAGCAGAAGAGGCGACGACAGAGAGCGACAAGGAAGAUCAGCACCUUUAUCGGCACCUUCAUGCUCUGCUUCGCUCCCUAUGUGAUCACGAGGAUCGUGGAGUUAUUUCCAGCGGUGCCUAUCAACCCUCACUGGGGAAUUGUCUCCAAGUGCUUAGCUUACAGCAAGGCAGCUUGCGACCCAUUUGUGUACUCCCUCCUCCGACACCAGUACAAGAAGACAUGCACUGACAUCAUCAACAAGCUGCUGAAGCGCAGCUCCUUGAACGCGUCCGGACGCCAGCACGAGAGCCAGGUGAACAGCAUACCCACCGUGGAGUGACCGGCAUUGCCCCGAUGGGAAGGUUAACCCGACAACUGUCAGGGAAAAAAGAACCUAGUUUAGCGUCGAUGAAGAAGUGGAAUAAAUUUUGGUAGUUCCUGUCCAUGUCUGCUUGAAUUUGGUCCACAAAAAAAGGAAAGAAAACAGAACAGACAAGGUCAACUCCCUGCACAGGAAUACCACUGCGCUUUCAUACCGAGUGCCCAGAACAGCAAAUCAGUGCAGUGAACUUGCUGUGAGGACAACAAAGAGCAGCAGAUUCCAUGUCCACCUGGAGAGACAGAUGUGCUUACCCAGGAUGAAUGGCCACCUAAAAGCUUUAUUAUUUUAGGGUAGCUUACAGUCAGAUAUGAGAUACAGUUUAUUAUAUACAGAUUUUGCAGUGUGUCUGUUUGUUUUGACAUAACUGUAAUAUUCAUUUUAUCUUACAAAAAAGGGGGGAGGGUGGGCUGUAUGUCUGUUUUAGUUUGUGCAAAGUGUUUGCAGUAAUUUAUACAUUAAUUCUGUAUGUAGCACUGAAGACUAGUCUAACCAAAACUUGACAAAGUAGAAGAACAAGUUCCCAAAUUGUAUUGUAGAUGAAAACAUACAGCAGACUGUGCACACUGCACAGGAUGGCUCAGGUAUAGCCCAGUCCGAAUUAAGCAAAUUCUUCGGGUAUUUUUAUUUUUCAAUACAUUAUCUGGCUGUAUUAGCACCACUGGACGUAAAUAUGUUUUGUUUUAUGUGUACUGGCAUCGUUUAUGCUUUAGCACCCAUUUUAAGGACUUACUGAUCUGUCCAAGCAGAGUUUUAGCAGAAAGAAAAAACCUUCAAACCGACUGCCUUUGCUGUCAUGACUGACAUGUGGCCCUCAGGUUGUUAAGUCAAGUGAAGCAUGAUCAACUGUAUUUGCCUGGGUUUGUACUCACAGUCACAAGUG